CAGGACAACGCCCACAUGGCUCGAAUAGUAGAGGAUAGCGACGAUGAGCUCCCUGAGCUCGGGGAUCUGGUCAAGAGUUUGAAGGGUGGCGCGCGGGAGGUGUUGACAAAGAAAGAUGUGGUCACGGGACGAGAUGGAGACGGUGAGAGGAGGAUUAGUGAGGAAAAAGAGAAAAAGAUGGAGGUGAUAAAGAAGAAAAGGGUGUUGAAGAAGGUGGCUGAUAAUCCUUUGUUGAGGCCUCUGGAUGCACAGCCAAAGUCAAAACCGAAGGCUAAGGAUGUUUCUGGAGGUGCGAAGAGCAGAUUGGGAUCUGUUGCGGAUUUGGAUGGGCCUGAGAUUUGUUCGGGCGAGGGGGAGAAAGCGGUGAAGGCGGGACUUAAGGGAGAGGGAGGGAAGAGAACGGCGUCUGGAGAUGCUAAGGGAAAAUCACGAUCGUGUACGCGUUUGGAUGAGCUGCUGCCGGACGAGGAAAAGAAAAGUACGAGGCCAAAGUCCAAGGUGCAAACUUCAGAGGGGGAUGUUGGGAAGAGAACGGUGUCUGGGAGUUCUGGACUUGGGAUGAAAGCUCGGAAUACUGCUCCAGUCUCAUCUAAAGCAAAAACGACAAAGACGACGAAAGUGGUUGAGGAAUCGGAUCCAGAAGAACACUACGACUCAGAAGGGCUAUCGGAUUUCGUUGUUGAUGAUAGCACGUUCCUGGAGGAAGAGGACUCUGGCAUAGAAAUGCCACCUCCACCUCCGAGGUCAACGAGGAAAUUGGUUCAAGGACGAAGGGUGAAGAAGGAUGAGAGUUUCAACGAUGAUGAUUUGGAUUUGGAGCUGAAGAAGCUCACUAUCAAGGAUGAUCUUCUACAAGAGAAAGAGCUCAAGGUAUUUGUUGCGGAAUUCUCGGGAGAGGAAGAUGUUCCAAGAAAGAGUGUGCCUAGGAAACUGUUUGAGGAUGUUCGAAUAGAACCUCCUAGACGGUUGAAAGAUGCUUCGCCUCAGAAGAAGUACGAUCCUCCAAGUUCGGACAUCGAAGACCCUUUUACAUUGAGAUAUUCUCCCUCAGAAAAUAAGCCAAAGAAAAUCUCCAAGGAGACCAGAUUCAGAACGCCACCUCGAAGUCCUGAACCAAAACCUCGAGGCUUGCAAUCACCAAAGAAGACAUUUCAGCGUAUUCCCUCAACACCUCAUCGUCAAAGUAUGGACACCUUUUGGCAGCAAGAUGUCAUCAACGACUGGAACGACGAAUACUCCCCACGCAAGACACCCAAACCUCAACCAAAACCCAAGUCCGAGGACGACACCUCGUCAACCAUCCUCACCUCACCCAAGAAAAGUCCAACAAAACAAGACCGCGCUGCCAAAGAAGCUAAGAAAGCCUUUUCGCGAAGCAAGCACGAAAUAGCAUCCAGCUUCCUCACCGAACUCGACUCAAAGAUAACUAACAACCAAAUCUCCACCCUCUCCACCUCCACCGGCGGCGUCAAGAUAAUCUGGUCCAAGAAACUAAACACCACCGCCGGCCGCGCAAACUGGAAACGGGAAACCAUCAAAUCCCUCUCCUCGGCCCCAACUUACCGACACCACGCCUCUAUCGAGCUCGCAGAGAAAGUAAUCGAUUGUGAAGACCGGCUUCUGAACGUCAUUGCUCACGAGUUCUGCCACUUGGCGAACUUCAUGGUGAGCGGGAUCAAGAAUAAUCCGCAUGGAAAGGAAUUCAAAGAAUGGGCCGCGAAGGUUAGUACCCAGUUUGGGGACAGGGGCAUCGAGGUUACGACGAAGCAUAGUUAUGUGAUCGACUACAAUUAUGUGUGGGAAUGCGAGAGUUGUGGAGUGGAGUUUAAGAGGCAUAGUAAGAGUGUUGAUCCCGCCAGGCACACGUGCGGGAGUUGUAAGGGGAGGUUGAGGCAGACGAAACCGCCGCCGAAGAAGACGGGAGAGGGGGAGAAGAAGGUGGGCGAGUAUCAGAUGUUUGUUAAGGAGAAUAUGAAGAGGGUGAGGGAGGAGAAUCCGGGGAGUCCGCAGAAGGAGAUUAUGGGGUUGGUGGGGAAGAGGUAUCAGGAGUACAAGGCGUCGAAACUUGGGGGUGGGACGGUGAGUGUUGAUGAGGUGGAGGUGGAGGUUGAGGAGGAGGUUGGAGAUGUGGUGAGGAAAUUGGAUUUCUUGGACUUGACUAGUCCGUGAGUAGAUGUUUUGUGUAGAAUAUUGGG